AAAACUUCACUUUAUCUGGCAAACCAAUGAAAGACCUUGGCUUGCCACUUUUGUAAUCUAGUAUCACUACUUCCUCUUCGAAAGGACACUUCUUGUCCUGUCUGUUUCCUCUCUGAGAGUUAAAAAACUUUAGGUCGCUUCCUCUCUGUCUCUGCGGUUGUCUCUGUCCCAAUGUUUAUAGUCUUUAACAUUGGGUUGUAUUUUACUUUUGUUGGUAAUUUGAUCCUUGUACAGUUACGAAAGAAUUAAUUGCAAUUGGAGGCAUCAUCAUGAAUUUAAAUUGGUUUCUGCUUCUAUUCGUCUGUUUUAUUGGACAAUCUUCAGAGGAGCAAAGACAAGUUGAUGAGGUGAAGAUUGGAGCCAUCUUUUCUUUUGGAACCACCAACGGCAAGGUUGCCAGAAUCGCAAUGGAAGCUGCUGUCCAAGACGUCAAUUCUGAUACCACUCUUCUCGACGGAAGAAAACUUGCUCUCACCCUCCAUGAUUCAAACUACAGCGGAUUCCUUGGGAUCAUUGGAGCGUUACAAUUCAUGGAGACCGAUACAGUAGCUGUGAUUGGCCCUCAAAGUUCUGUAAUGGCCCAUGCACUCUCUCACCUUGCGAACGAACUCCAUGUCCCGCUCCUUUCUUUCACAGCAUUGGACCCCACACUCUCACCUCUUCAGUACCCCUAUUUCAUUCAGACUGCCCCCAGUGAUCUUUUUCUAAUGACUGCCGUAGCCGAUGUGAUCAGUUAUUUUCAAUACAGAGAGGUCAUUGCAAUUUUCUCAGACGAUGAUCAAGGUCGAAAUAGUAUUGCCGCUCUAGGUGAUAAACUUGUUGAGAAACUUUGUAAGAUUUCUUUCAAGGCAAUUCUUCCUCCUGAACCCAUGUCUAGUCGUGACCUGAUCGUGGCUGAGUUGCUUAAGGUUAAAUCAAUCGAGUCCCGAGUUAUUGUUCUACAUACAUUAUCCAUAACAGGUCUCAGGGUCUUUGAGGUUGCCCAGGAACUUGGCAUGAUGACGAGUGAAUAUGUUUGGAUUGCUACUUCUUGGCUUUCCAGUGUCCUUGAUUCUACUUCAGUUUCAACAAAGGUGGCUAGCUCUAUACAAGGUGCUCUCACCCUUCGGUCUCAUACACCUGAUUCCCAAAAGAAGAGGGCUUUUGUAUCAAGGUGGAACAAGUUGAGUAAUGGAUCCAUUGGUUUGAAUGCCUACGGUCUAUACGCCUAUGAUACUGUUUGGAUGAUUGCUUACGCAGUUGAAGAGUUUUUAGAUCAUGGAGGCAAAAUCUCCUACUCAAAUGAUUCUAAUUUGGACAGUUUUGCUGGAGAGACGAUGAACCUUGCUGCACUUAGCAUUUUUGAUGGUGGUAAGCAAUUGCUUAGUAACAUAUUAAAGACCAACAUGACUGGGGUAAGUGGUCCCAUUGCAUUUAAACCAGAUAGAUCCAUGUUCCGUCCCUCAUUUGAUAUUCUCAAUGUAGUUGGCAAAGGAUGGUUAAGGCAAAUAGGAUACUGGUGUAACUACUCUGGGCUAUCCGUUGUGCCUCCGGAGUCUCUUUAUGCCAAACCAGCUAAUAGGUCAAGUUCAACUCAACGGUUGGAUCAGGUUAUAUGGCCAGGGCAAACUAAAAUCAGACCGCGUGGAUGGGUAUUUCCGGACAAUGGGAGGCCGUUAAGGAUUGGAGUCCCAAGGAGAGUGGGCUUCAGAGCUUUUGUUUCAGAAAAGGAAGGUAGUGGAGUGGUCCAAGGAUAUUGCAUAGAUGUCUUCCUUGCAGCCUUGAAGUGUCUUUCAUACCCUGUGCCACAUCAAUUCAUCAUUUUCGGAGAUGGACACAAAAAUCCAAGCUAUACUCAGCUAGUAAACAUGAUCACAGCCCAUGAAUUUGAUGCUGCAGUUGGUGACAUUACAAUUGUAACGAACCGCACGAAGGUAUUGGAUUUUAGUCAACCAUAUAUAGAGUCAGGGUUAGUGGUGGUGGUACAUGUGAAAAAGAUGAGGUCGAUUGCUUGGGCUUUCCUGCGGCCAUUUACUCCCCUGGCGUGGGGAGUCAUAGCCGCUUUUUGCCUUGUUGUGGGAACCGUAGUGUGGAUACUAGAGCACAAAUUUAAUGAUGAAUUUCGUGGCCCCCCAAAGAAGCAGGUGGUCACAAUUUUAUGGUUUAGUUUCUCAACUAUAUUCGGAGCCCCGAGAGAAAACACAGUGAGCACAUUGGGUCGAAUUGUACUUCUUAUAUGGCUAUUCGUAAUCUUGAUAAUUACGUCGAGCUAUACAGCAAGCUUGACAUCGUUUCUAACAGUUCAACAGCUCGCAUCAUCUAUCCAAGGAAUUGAAUCCUUGGUAACAAGCAAUGACGCAAUUGGGUACCAAGUAGGCUCUUUUGCUGAGAACUACUUAUUUGAAGAAGUCAAUAUUGCAAAGUCUAGGCUUGUUCCUCUUGGAUCACCAGAAGAAUAUGCUGAUGCCCUUGAACAAGGAAGAGUUGCUGCUGUGGUCGAUGAACGUCCAUAUGUGGAUCAGUUUUUAUCAACUUACUGUGGUUUCCAAAAAGUUGGCCCAGAGUUUACCAAAAGUGGAUGGGGAUUCGCAUUUCCGAGAGACUCACCCUUAGCUAUUGACAUGUCAACUGCAAUCUUGCAAUUAUCUGAGAAUGGAGAGCUAGAGAAGAUUCACAAGAAGUGGUUAAACAGAAAAGUUUGCGGAGGGCAGAGUUCUGAAGCAGAUUCAGAGCAGCUUCAGUUGAAGAGCUUUUGGGGUCUGUUCCUCAUUUGUGGAGUUACUUGCUGUUUUGCUCUGCUUGUAUAUUUUUGCUUCAUGUUGCGACAGUUCAAGCGACAUUUUCCUGAAUCAACGCAGUGUUCUACUUCUACUAGAACUAGAAUAUCACAUUCAAUACGGCUUAGGAAGUUCUUGUCUUUUGUGGAUGAGAAGGCAGAGAUAUCUGCAAAUAGGUUGAAAAGAAAGCGGAUGGAAAUGGAAAACCUUUCCACUAGCUAACGCCAUUGCUUCUUGAAAUGAUGAACAAUUUCCAAAAGAGAGACUGCGAAACGUUCUCCUUUGAUUCUUGUACAUCUUACCAUGUAACAACGGAAUGUAGAGAACAUCUAGUGUUCGAAGAAUUAACCCAAUAAUUUUGUAAUUUAAUAUAAUAAGAUGUUAAGUUUUGGGAUA